AUGAUCAAAUCGUAUGCCCAGACCGACGAGACCAUCCAAACAUUCCACCAAUGGAGGCGAUCUUCAGAUGCGCAUUUGUCAGGCUUUGGAGGUCCUACCUUCGAGACGAGAAAAUCAUUCAUUCCCCGAUCGCAUUUAGAGGAAUACUUCAACGGACCUCGGCUUGAGAAGCUACUCGACGUUGUGCUUGACGCCUCCAAGAGACCUGAAAUAGCUCCAAAUCUUGUACGACUUCAUUAUUCAAGAUGUUUCGCGACACUUUUGUGUAUUGGAGCAGGAAGCAUGAUUUCUCACUUCUACCAAUACGAAUCCUUACGGGAUGAGAAGCUGCCUUUCCGCACCCGACCAGAUGAAUUUCCCACCACAUCGCCGGACAAAUUCAAAGAAUUUCAGGACACUCAAUGGCAAUUUUGCGCUUUGAAACUCGAAUACGGCAUGGAUGGUCGCUUCAAACCGGAAGUUAUCGUCCCUAUAAUACACAAGGAGAAGAUUGGGGAGGGGGGGAGCGCCAUAAUCUACAAAAUUGUAGUUGACCAAAAUUACCACUCGCUAAGACCGCCUGGUCAUGCCAUACCGGUAUUUUCAGAUGCUCCAGUAUACGUGUUGACCUCGCUAACUGAAAUGGAGCAGGAUUGGCGCCAGCGAUGCAAGAAUACGUUCGUCCUGAAGACUUAUCGAGAGGCAGAAGCUGAAAAUAACUACAAGGCUGAGCGUAACGCGCAUAUGAAGUUGAGAUGGAAUGGGAAACCUUCUCCUCACAUCAUUGCAUGCUAUGGUGGCUUCGUUCAUGGAAACUCGUACAACCUCAUCUUGGAGUAUGCAGAUGGCGGAACACUGGAGAGCUUCAUGAGAAAGACAAAGCCCCCGUCAACCAUUGAAGAUAUUUUACUCUUUUGGGACAGGCUUUCCGAUAUUACACAAGGUAUUAUGUGUAUUCAUCAGACGAGCAGGAAUGACAGCUCACCAUCUCAAAGGCUUAAUGGCUGGCAUCAAGACGUUAAACCAACCAACAUUCUCGUCUUCGGCAGAAACGGAACUUCCCCGUAUGAGUGUGAAUUCAAGAUCGCAGAUCUGGAUCUCGCUCAUUUCAAACCCAGUGACUCCUCAUCAAAUGAACCCUCAGAUUUAGACGCCUUCGGCACUCGCGCAUAUGGUGCACCAGAGACAUUUAGAUCCCACAAGGACAUUGAAUCUUUGUCUUUACAAGUUACACAGUCUGUUGACAUAUGGUCCCUAGGCUGCAUUUUCAGCGAAGUUUCAGUCUGGCUUCAUGAUGGCUGGAGAAGAGUGGUUGAGUACAGACGUCAGCGGAGCGAAGAGGUAGAACGCAAAGGGGGUGGCAGUGGUGAAUACAUUUUUCACCAUAACGGCAGUCUGCUUGAGAGUGUUCGGAACAUACAUCUCAAUAUGAUGAGCAAAAAUGAUCCCAUUCACAAAGUAACCCGGCAAAUACUGGAUCACAUUGUCGAUAUGAUGCUAGCAGAAGAAGCGCGGCCCCAAGCCAAACUUGUGUUCGAGCAGACAAAGGGCCAUAUUAAACGAAUUCGAGACAAGUUUGAAGUCCCAGAGCCUAAGCCAUUACGGAGUAUUGAAGAUGACUCCGUUGAGAUUUACGAAGCCGAGCACAGGACUCGAAAUGCUACUCAAGUACACCCCAUACAUGUCAAGUCACGUUCAAAAUCAUAUCCAGGUACAAGACCAGGAACAAGAUUAACACCAAGCCAGCCUCUCCCGCCUGAUGAUGAUGUUUCGGUGUCAUCUCAGUCUUCAAGAUCUGUGGCGUCCCAAGGACAUCACUCAGGGUCAAACGAGCAAAGCAGCAAAAAAUAUCGCAAUGAUGCCACUGAACACCCUCAGUCUGUUGGAGAAGGCUCACACGCUGUACUUGACUCGCGAUUUAGUUCAUCAAAAGCUGCAAAUGCUCAUGAUAAUUCCGUGCAGCAAGGACAGAAGCAUCAGAAGGAGCCAGAGCGGCCAACCCUAUCCGUCAGUGAAGGCCUUGCAUGGAAGAAUAGAAAAAAGAAUGGUGAAAACCCUGUUUUGCCUGGAAGUGAAAAUCUGACCUCUCUAGAUCGAAGAAAUCAUAUCUUUUUGGUUGACAACUCGGAGACUAUGGGGCCGCAUCGUAGAGACGUUGACCGUGUCAUCUCGCUGUUGGCAUACAUGCUGAAGAAUUCGGACGAAGACGGUCUCGACAUCUAUUUUGCCCACAGCUGGCCGAAGAUCAACACCAAGAAGUCUUCGCGGAUAUCCAGCGGGAUAUUCCAAGCGCCCUUCAAGGGGAUAUCAGACAUGCGAUUGAGGCUCCACCAAAUAUUGCAAGAACAUCCAAAUAAAUUUGAAAAGCAAUUCUCGCCGCGGAAGAACUUUUUCGGUUAUCAACCUGGCCCGCAACCGCAAAGGCCAUUGAGCUUCUACAUCUUGACGGAUGCCAAAUGGCAACCAACUGACGUUGGCAGUCUCAUCAAAGACCAAGUCGAAGAGAUGAUUGCCAAGAAGUGUCCCAAGGAGCAGCUUGCCAUCCAAUUCAUCCGGUUCGGAGAUGAUGAAGCAAGCAUAGCUAAGCUUGAUGAGUUAGACAGCGGGCUUGGUCUUAAAGCCAGGGGCAUGGAUAUCGUGGAUCACACCUACCGUGAUGGCAAUGUCUGGAAGAUGCUGCUAGGCGCCAUCAACGACUGCUCCUGCUCGCGCGCGGGCCUCCUCAACACGCGUGACAAGAAUCAGAAGGAUGGCAGCAUCGCGACGAAAUCCGGCGUUCCGGAUACAGGCCUGAAGGAGGCGGCGGCAGCCAUCAUCUACACAGCGCCGCGGCUGCCGAGGGAGGUAAGGGAGCUAGGCAUCAUAAGGGCGUUGCUGAUAAAGCGGUUUGGCAAGGAGUUUACCCUCAAGGAGAAUAUAGAGGCUGGCGCUGCCGGGCUGGUGCCGAAGCACGUGGUAGAUAAGUUACAGGUUAAGCCUCCCGGGCAGAAGUUGGUUGAGGUGUAUCUAAGGGAGGUUGCGCGCACGUAUGGGGUUAAGUGGCCUAGGAGCCGGGAGGUGGGGGAGGAGAUGGGUAAGACGGAGGAGAGAGAGAUGGGCGUCCUAGCGACUAAAAUUGCCAUUAAAGAAGAAGAAGAAUUGAAGAAGAACCGGUAG